CUAAGAUAAAUCACUUAAUAAAUAAAAAAUAAAUGAAGCAUAAUGCUGUAAUUAAACUUGAUUUAAAACACCAUCAUGGCAAAGUACAGGCACAUGGAAAAUGUAACAAUUGGACAUGCAAAUUAAAUUCAAGGAGCAACAUAUUUUUUUACAUUUUCAUUGGUGAUUUGAAAACAAGGCCAAAAGAUGUAAUGCUGCGACCACCUCCCCACCCUUUCACACCUCUGUCCCAUAAACACAUAAACUCUGUCCCAUAAAAUCACCUCAUAGGCAUAUCAUUAUCUCGUUUACACCUCAUACAGAAAUAUUUCCAUUUUAAUACAGCAGACAGGGUGGACUAAAACACACCCAUUGAGAUGGUAAUUCUAAGGCAGCCCUGCUUAAGGCAUUUAAACAUUAGCCCAAUCAGUAAAAAAAAAAAAAAAAUCACAAACACAAACAUUUUAAAAGUUACAUAGGUUUAGAUUGGAGCACUUUUGAGUGAACUUGUCCACAUGGGAUUUUGCUUUACUUUUGUAGGAUUGAUCAUGCUAGUCUGAAGAAAUGAUUGGUGAGCUUUUUCCUCCUCUGAAAGAAACUUUGCAAAACAUAUUAAGACACAGUAGUUUAUAGGGGUAAAAAGGAUCUGUAAAAAUUUAGCCUAUUUAAGGUUGUAAAAUUUAAAUAAUCGUUCAAUAAUCUAAACCUUACUGUAUAUUGUCACCAACACGUAAAUAUCAUGGGUUAAAUCAAAUGACUAAUUAAUAUUAUUAAUUCAUACUUUUGAACCCCCCCACAUACAACUUGUCUUAAAAUAUGUAAUUACAUACACUGCUGACUCAUUAAACUGCUAUGACAGUUACCAGAUGUUAAGCUCUAAUAUGUAGCUGAUAUUGGAUGUAAAAAUUAAUUCGUUCACUGUUUUUAUAUAAUUAAAUGAUCCACUUUUAACCCAAGUCUUUUGAUUUUGAAUUUUAUGUUUUAAUUUUUCCCUUUAAUUUAAUUUUCAUUAGCCUUAUUAUUUAUUUGAUUCUUCAUCAAAUUUUUACAUUUUCUUUAAUAUAAAAGUAUUCCUGAAAACAGUAGGUACCUGGCUCAGGUAAAUGUGGAAUGAGGGUGUAGUUCCCAUCAGCCCCAAUGAGCGUCUUCCACUUUCAAAAGAUGCAUCUGAUUGGUCCGAGCAUCUCGUUCCAGCUCCACCCAACCCACACCCACUCACCUGGCUUCAUAAAUCAGGUUCCCCACUCACCCCUUUUUAGGUCAUGUUACGGGGGUCUGACUAUGUAAUUAUGAGUUGAAGAGCGUUUGCUGAAAGCUUGUUUGGAGCGUAGUGGAGCCCUUUGGGUGUUUUGUCACAGGGUGUGCUGAAUUAGGUCAGUAAAGUCCAAGAUAUAUGCAAGUUUAUCAACUUUCUGUUCAGCGCUCACCAGACACAUCAAACGAGGGUAUGGCGGAUUGGAAAAUGCCAGUAAAUUACAAUUUAAACCCUUCUUAUCAUGCGUAUGCAUACGGGUUCGUGUACCCGCAGGGGUCUGAACACGGCCAGCCGAAUCUGAGCUGGACCGAGGCCGCAUACACUCACGCCGGCGGGGUCACAGCGAGCUUCUACUCCGCUCAAGCCGCACAGCAGUCGCCACCCUGGAGUCCGGAGAACACCGCUGCCAGCAAUUAUGGGCACUACCCGAGCCACACGCAGAACGGGCGAUUGUUCCUGUCCUAUAACAAGACUGAGGUCGACCCGAAGGCGAAAGAUGCAGAGCAGGCCGGGAGCGAUACACCAAGCGAUUCAGAGGCCCAUACGCCAGAUUCUUGGAGUUCUGGGAGCAGUCGAGAAGGGGCCACUCUGACCAACCUGAAUCUCCCUUCCUGGAGGGAUCAGGACUACGAAACUGACAGCGGCAGUCCUGAUGGGAGAGAACUUGUCUCAAACUCUCAGUCUGUGGUGGGAGAGAAGCCAGCAAGUUUGAAUCUGGGUAUGGAUGGUUUACCUCCAGUGUCUGUGGUGAGUACAUCUUCAACGCAACCUUCAAUCCAACCCCGCAAGACCCGCGCUGCCUUUUCUGAGGAGCAAAUGAAUGCUCUUGUCCACCGGUUCAAUGCCCAGAGAUACCUGACUCCUGCAGAGAUGAAAACUCUUGCUGGAUCGACAGGACUAACAUACAAACAGGUGAAAACUUGGUUCCAGAACCGCAGGAUGAAACUCAAGAGGCACCAAAGAGAUGGCAGUUGGAUGACCGAGAGAUACGUCAAUGGCAUGCCCAACACACCAGCUCCUCACUCUCUGUUUCAGAGUGAUACCCCCCUACCAAACCAAGAUCACUACAGUAACCCUCAGUUGAGAGAGGCCAUUUUUAAGAGUCCUCCAAAAACGCCCUUCUACCCCAGCUAUCCACAGCCACGCUCUCCUUCCCAGGUCACCACGAGACCCCCAGGAAACUGGCCUCUGCCCCCAGCUGUGACGCACAAUGAGUUCCCCAACCCUACUAGCUACAUGCAGGCCUGUGUCAACGGCAGCAUCAAUGAUGGCAGCAAUACAGUGAGCAAAGGAAGUCGUUCUACUCCAAUGCCAGCCGUCCCUAGCACCACCCACUGGUCAACGUAAGGAAUGACUUUGCUGUGUGGUUCUGGCUGAUUGUGUACAUUUCUGUUCUUCAGCCACACAGCAUAUGAUGUUAACCAUACUUGUAAAUAUUUUUUUUUUAGCAAACUGUUAGCCAAUGGAUUUUUUUAGGCAGUGAUGUCAUAAGUUGGUACAUGGUGGCCAAGUGAGACAUGUUUCAACUUACCGGAGAUCUAUUUUUAUAACUUCAAUGUACCUUUCAGAGUAUUUAAUAUCUAGCUCCCUUGUUCUUCCAGGUGCUUUUACCUUUUUUUGAUUAGCCAAGACAAGUUGAUUUUGUCAAUUGAGUUCCAUGAAUUUGUAUGCAAGGCACUGGUCUGCAUCUGAUGUGUACUGGAUAAGGUUAUCUGUACUGCACUGUGUUUUGUUCUAUUUCAUUCCCUGUUUUCACUGCUUAAUGUGAUCAAUGCUACAUUUGUGUAUUUGCUUGUAUGUAGGAGUCUUCACUUGCCUGUACAUGGUCUGUCCUAAUGGAACAACAAUUUCCAAGUUGUUAUUUCCACUCAAAGUACUCUUGCCCACACAAACUAGUCUUUGAGACAUGGGGUUGAGAAAUAAAUGUUUUAUCUGAUGUUCCUAAACUUAUGCCUGAUGUGGGUAAUUCUUUGCAUACUGCUUUCAGAUGAUUUAGUUUCAUUUGGGAUUUAUUGCCAUAAAUGUAACUAGAAUUUAAACUGGUUAACUAUGGGCAAGAUUUGAAAGGAUGCAUUAUCUACAACAUUAGCCUAAACUGCUAUUCAGCUUUCUCUUUCAUGAAUAGCAUAGGUGUUGAGAGACAAAAAGCUCAUUUUAAGAGCGGAAUACCUGUAUGUGACGCAUUUAAUUUAAAAAUACCAAGUGAAACUUUAGACAUUAUUCUGCAAUAAAUGUUUCAAACUAUGUGGUACGGUGUUCCACAUUGUAAUCUCUUUGAAUGUUAAUUUUGCUGAAUCUAGGUCAUGUGGAACUUGUAUGGAUACAAUGAAUUUGCACACUGCAUAGUACAUGCUACUGUAGAUACUGCAUAUACUCCAAUAGUAAGAGCAGUAUGCUUGUAUGCUGUCCUGAACAGACCCAAACAGUUCUUUAAGGAUAGUUAAUACCAAAUCACACUCUUGUUCUUCCAGCUCCUGUUCUUCCAAACCCUGUAUAGCUUCUUUUUUUUUUAAUUUAUUUAUUUUUUUUUUAAAGAUCUUGGGCAGAAUGUUGGGGACUGACUGCCUCAGUCACCAUUCACUUUCAUUGUAUCUUUUUCCAUACAAUGAAAGUGAGACUGCGGCUGUCAUUCUGCCUAGCAUCUCCUGUGUUGGCAGAGAGACAUAUGGGUUUGGAACCACAUGAGGGAUAUUAAAUGACAGAAUUUACACUUGGUUGAAUAUACAAAGUAUAUGAGAAUAUGGGGCCAAAAAGCAUGGUGCGCAUGACCAUGAACUUUGAAUUAUCAUUUUGCCAUUUUAGGUUUCACACAUUGAUAAUAUAAACAACCAUUGUUGCUUUUCACCCACAUUUAUUUCUCUUACUGUAAUAAAAUGACUAUUGAAAACAUAUAUUUACAAUUUAACUGAUCACAGUUUGAGACUUUGAAAACGAAUCUUAAUUUCUUUAGCUGCUCGCUCAUUAAAAUUGUCCUUCAGUAUGCUCUUAUGGUCAAAAAUGUGUACAUUGCACACAAUGACAUCUUUACCCCAAAUAUAUUUCCCUUCCAUAAUCCGACAUCGACCUAUAUUCAUCUUCAGUAAAUUCGCCCUGCAGUAUAAGUGCUUUGUGUCCUCAAUGAUCUGGUGAACAAGACUACUUAUUAAGGCCUCUGAUUCCUGCCCUUCCCCCACAAUUAAAGGUCGACCAAUAG